AUGAAUUUUAUUUUUGAUUUCAGCAAAGAUGUAGGACAGCAACUUGGUCAACGUCUAUGUAAACUUGAUCCAUUUAAAUUUCAAAGAAUGAACAUGAUUUAUAAACGACUUUAUAAAGAACUAAUUGAUAUUCUGAGUGUUCAACGUUUCCUACUUUUCCGUUCUGAAAUAGAUUUGCAUACAAUAGAUAAGGUGUAUAAAGCUAAAUAUGGAAUAUAUCUGUCGGAUGAUGUGAAACGAAUUUACUAUGGUGAAUAUGCCGAUGCUUUGUUAAAACUUUUGAAAAAAGAAGAAAUCCCAGAUAUAUAUCAACAUUCAAUACCAUUACCAUUACCUCUAUUACUUCACGCGAUUGAACCUUGA